AUGGCAUCACAAGAACAGCGAAAACAGUUUGAAAAGGAUGGCUUCCUUGUAGUGGAGAAUUUUCUGACAAAAGAAGAGGUGGAGUCUCUCAAGACAGAAUGCCAUUACAUUGUCCAGAACAUGGAUCCAAAACAGCAUGCAAGGUGUAUGUUUGAAACACUCGAGAAUACACAGUUUCAGAAUGAAUACUUUAUGACCAGCGGAGACAAGAUCAGAUUUUUCUUUGAGAAAGAGGCAUUGGACAAGGAAGGAAAUCUUUUGGUUGAUAAACACUGUAGUCUCAACAAAGUAGGUCAUGCCCUUCAUGAACUCUCACCUCCUUUCAAGAAGGUAUCCUGUUCCAAGAAAGUACAGGAUAUUGCAAGAAACUUAGACUUCAAGAAGCCUGUUAUUGUGCAGAGCAUGUACAUCUUCAAACCACCACACAUUGGAGGGGAAGUGAGUGCCCAUCAGGAUGCAAUCUUUAUGUACAACACGCCCCUCAAACUGAUUGGUUACUGGAUAGCUUUGGAGGAUGCCGAGAUUGAUAACAGUUGUCUGCAUUUCAUCCCAGGUUCCCAUUCACGUGACAUCACAACAAGAAUGGUUAAAGAUCCAGACGGCACUGCAACCUCCUUCCAAGGCGAUCCUUACCCCAUGAAGGUACCUGAGGAGGAUUUCAUUCCGGUUCCUGUCAAAGCAGGGUCACUGAUUCUCAUUGAUGAAAAAGUUAUUCACAGGAGUUCCCAGAACACAUCGGAUAGAUCCCGACAUAUCUACACAUUCCAUGUUGCAGAGUCUGAGAAGACUGAAUGGAGCAAAGAGAACUGGUUGCAGCCUACGCCUGAGAAGCCAUUUACACAGCUGUACACACAGGACUAAAGCUGACAUUAUAUCCUGCCUUGACAAUAUGAAUACAGAUUCUGGGCUUAGAUUUAUUUGUCAACCUUGCUUACAAUCUGGAAUUGUACUUGAAUGAAUUCAUGAUUGUAGUAUGUAUGAUUACUAACGCAUUUUUAUAGAGAUGUUCCUGUUGAUAUUAUGUACCCAAUAAAGAUAUAAACCACAGCGGGGAAUCAGUCUGCAAUUGCUAUUUUCAAUUGGAGAAAUCUUCGAAUUAUAUGUUAUUGAUUUCCAGAGGGGCAAUCAUAUUACGAACCUCUGCGUAUAAAUGGUGAUGUAAUUGAGCAGUUACAUGAGUACAUACAGUGCGUCCCAGAAAAAACGAAACCUAGAAUUAUCGAUGUUUUAUCA